AUGUCAAUGAAGAUUAUCAGUUACAAUAUAAGGGGUUUAGGAGGAGCUGCUAAGAAAAAACAAAUUCAGAAUUUAAUUCGAAACCAUAACCCGUCUUUCAUGUGUAUUCAAGAAACCAAGAUAGAGAGUAUAGAAAAAAGGUUGCGUUGUAUGUUGUGGGGAUCAAACGAUUUCGGAUUUGCUAGCAAUCCAUCGGUAGGGAGGUCAGGAGAAAUUUUGACAAUUUGGGACAAAAGAGAAGUUGAUGUCCAAAGAAUUCAGAACUUUGAACACAUGGUGUGGGUGGAAGGUGAAUGUAGAACAAAUAGUAAGAAAAUUCAUAUUGUGAACAUUUAUGCACCUUGCAAAGGAAGAAGGAAGCGUGAAUUAUGGAAUAGUUUAUCUUCAAAAGUAAUUGAGAAGAAUGGAGAAUGUAUAUGUGUUCUUGGAGACUUUAAUGCAAUCAGGAACGAAGAAGAAAGAAGGGGUUCAACCGAACAUUUGAGAAGAGAGGAAGAGAAUGAUUUUGAUAACUUUAUUACAGGAGCAGAUCUGAUAUAUUUACCUCUUUGUGGCAGAAAGUUUACAUGGUCCAGGACAGGGGGUACUGCCAUGAGUCGUAUAGAUAGAUUUCUAAUUUUGGAAGAGUGGUGUAGGUCGUGGCCCACCUGUUCUCAAUGGGCAUUAGACAAAGAACUCUCAGAUCAUCGGCCUAUUCUUUUGUGUGACGCAACCCAAAAGUGGGGGCCAAAACCGUUUGCAUGUUAA